UGUCGUUCUCGUUUUCACUCUUUUCCCUAUCAACACGGGUCGGGUCGGUUUCUCCAUUACCCGAUCACAUCGCCGGGAUUCUCCUUUGGACGAAGCAGAAAUGAUGAUUUCCUUAGCGAAGAAGCUCUUGCAGAGACGACCGCCGCCGCUUCGCUGGCGAAGCUACUUUUCUCAGGCGUCGGCAGACACCAAAAACGAUGCCGUCGCCGCCCUGGAGCUUCCGUCGUUCGAUUACUCCCCGCCGCCGUAUGCGGGACCCACCGCCGGCGAGAUUCUGGCGAAGCGCAAGGAGUAUCUUAGCCCUUCCCUCUUCCACUUCUACAAGACCCCCGUGAACAUAGUGGAGGGUAGGAUGCAGUAUCUAUUCGAUGAGAAGGGGAGGAGGUACGUGGAUGCGUUUGGAGGGAUUGCUACGGUGUGUUGCGGGCACUGUCACCCUGAUGUGGUGGAAGCCAUAGUUGACCAAAGUAAACGGUUGCAGCACUCCACGGUUCUUUACCUUAACCACGCCAUUGCUGAUUUCGCUCAGGCUUUGGCCUCCAAGCUUCCCGGUAAUCUCAAGGUGGUGUUUUUCACAAACUCUGGAACAGAAGCAAACGAAUUGGCGAUACUGAUAGCAAAGUUGUACACUGGGUGCCAUGACAUAAUAUCCUUAAGGAAUGCUUAUCACGGAAAUGCAGCUGGGACGAUGGGGGCCACAGCUCAAAGCAUCUGGAAAUUCAAUGUAGUACAGAGUGGUGUUCAUCAUGCACUAAAUCCAGACCCUUAUAGAGGCAUUUUCGGUUCUGAUGGAGAGAAGUAUGCAAGAGAUGUCCAAGAUAUCAUUAACUUCGGAACUUUUGGAAAUGUUGCAGCCUUCAUAUCUGAAGCAAUACAGGGAGUGGGGGGCAUUGUUGAAUUGGCUCCUGGUUACUUGCCUGCUGUGUACAACACCAUUAAAAAAGCCGGAGGACUUUUUAUAGCUGAUGAGGUUCAGGCUGGCUUUGCUCGCACUGGUAGCCAUUUCUGGGGAUUUGAGGCCCACGGUGUUGUUCCUGACAUUGUGACAAUGGCUAAGGGCAUUGGAAAUGGCGUUCCCCUUGGUGCUGUUGUAACUACUCCAGAGAUUGCAGAGGUCCUAACCCGGCGAAGUUACUUCAACACCUUUGGAGGGAAUCCUGUUAGUACUGCAGCAGGGUUGGCUGUUUUAAAAGUAAUAGAGAAAGAGAAGCUUCAAGAAAAUGCAUUUGUGGUUGGAUCCUAUUUGAAAGAGAGGCUCACUACUCUCAAGGACAAAUAUGAAUUAAUUGGUGAUGUUAGAGGACGAGGCCUGAUGCUUGGAGUUGAACUUGUCACUGAUAGCGAACUUAAAACACCAGCAAAAGCUGAAACAUUGCAUGUAAUGGACCAAAUGAAAGAAUUAGGAGUACUUAUCGGCAAGGGUGGUUACUACGGAAAUGUCUUCAGAAUUACACCCCCUUUAUGUUUCAGCAAAGAAGAUGCAGACUUCCUAGCAGACGCAAUGGACCUGACCUUGUCUAGAAUGUGAAGCUUAGCUAAGAUAUUAGUGUUAAUAAAUGUUUACUUAUCAUGUCAAUUGAACUGCUAUCAUAUUCAUCAUAGCGAGUAAAUCUAUAUAGAUGCUGCAAUAGCAUACGAUGAUCUUAGAAAGUGAAUGAGCCAACAACUCGUUGUCUCUUGUUUAGUCCUUUGUCUUUUCAACUGAAUGAGCCAACAAUUAGUUGUCUCUUGUCUGAUGUUUAUCUUUCGAAAUGAAUGAGCCAACAACUCGUUGUCUCCUUUUUAUUAGUU